AUGCAAUCAAAUUCAAAAUAUUUUUUACCAAAAAUACUUAUUUUUAUUUUUUAUUUCUUGCCUUUUUUCACUUAUUUAAUUGCCUCACAAUGGGCGGCAACAUCUCAAUUUACUCCCCAACAUUCUUCACAAUUUUCACCUCAACAACAAUUAUUGCUUCAACAACAACAACAAUCUUUGCUAAAUAAUAGACCCUUUCAAUAUCAGCGUCAUCAAAUACGCCCAUCAUUUUACGAUCCGGUACUUAAGGUUAAAUCACAUGUUGGUUAUUUACCUUCAUCUGCUAGUACAGGAACAUUUGUUAGAAUUGGCACAUCAGACCAAUCACUUCCUCUACAGAUUUUAGUUGAAGACAAAGAUUUGCAACCAGGUACUCCCUCUGCUGUAUAUCAAUAUGUUUUAAGUGGAUAUGGAGCUGAACGUUUUGCUGUAGAUCAUCAAGGAAAUCUUUAUUUAGCUGAUGCUACAAAUCUUGGAAUUUUAGAAACUCCAGAAUCAGAUAAGACAGAGAAUACUCCUUUUGUAUUGCAUGUUAUUGCUAAGGAAAUGGAUACAGAACCUAAACGGAAUAGCCUUCCAAUUAGCAUAAUUAUUCAAUUAAUUGAUAAUAAUAAUAAUAAAGAACAAAUGAAACAAAGAAAUUAUUAUUCAGAAGAAACACAUCCUUUAGAAGAAGAAAUUAAACAGUCAAUUUAUAUUGCUAAUGUUUCUGCUUUAGCAAUUGGUGAAAGGGCAAUUGCACAAAUAAAAGCAAGGGAAGAAGGGGAUGGAAAUGUUAUUUAUCGAAUAAUAGACGUAAGUGAUGGGGCAUUCUCUUCAUUUAGAUAUGAUGAGAUUAGCAAUGAAUUACGUGCUGUUGUAAUUGAAGCUAGGGAUUCUGAUGGAUUAGUUGGGCAUGCUGUUGUUUUAGUCCAAGCACUCCCAUCUUUCCCAACUAAUUCUCAAUUAGUUAAUAAUCAGUUGGUCUCUUCCCAACAACAACAAAAUUUAAAUAAAAUACCCACUUCAGAGGAAUUACUUGCUUCUCUCAAUUCUUUGUCUCAAGGAAGACAAAUUCCUGUUGAAGGACAACAACCGUCCUUGCCAUCACAAAAACAUUCUAAUUUGGAGCAAUUUAUUUCUGUUGAUUUAUCAGAAUUAACACCAAUUGGAACAUUUGUAACAGCUUUAGGAGGAGGAAUUACUUCUAAUAAUCAAUUCGAGCAGCCAGAAAGACAAUCUUCAAAAUAUUUUCGUUUAAUUGGAGAUGGGGAUGAAGGAAAAUUUAUUUUAGAACCAGAAAAUGGAAUUUUAUUUACUGGGGCUAAUUUGGAUAGAGAAAAGGAUAAAAUACAUAGAUUAAGAAUUGAGACGAGGUCACGCAUUCCAGUAGAUCAUUUACUUUAUUUAACAAAUGUAAAAGUUAAUGUACUUGAUGCGAAUGAUAAUGCUCCACAUUUUGUAGAUCCCCAACCUUUAAUUGUCCGUACACGUUUAGAUGAGUUAUCUCCAUUUUCCUUUCCACAAACAACAAAUUUACUUCUUGGCCGAAUAAAUGUUGCAGAUGCAGAUGAGGGAGAGAAUGCUCAUAUAAGCCUUAAAGUACUUCCCCCACUUGAUCGAACAUUAAUGGCAAUAGAUCACGGCCAACAACCCUUAGAGGCACGUGCUGUAGUAAGUGUACGUAUUGAUGGACGUGUUGGAUCUAAUGUGCAUGAAACAUUAAUUACUGGAGGCCAAACAAAUAAUAAUAACAAACAUUUACCUCCCCCACAAAUUUCUUCUUCUUCAAUUUCUUCCCAAUCUUCUUCUGCAACAGACAAUGAAAAUAUUAAUUCUCGUCAUUUAUCCAAUUCUAAACAAAUUUCUGACGAAUCUGCAGCUUUGGAAAGAAAUUAUGAAAGACAACUUUUUGGUGUACUUUCACGUGUUGGAAUGGCAAAAGAAAAGAAAAUUGAAGGUAAAAAAAUUAAAAUUAAAAUUUUAUUUAAAAAUAAAAAUAUAUCAAAAAUAAAAUUUCAAAAAAUAUAAAAAUUAAAUAAAAAUUAAUUUCUUUAUUUAUCCUUUUCCCUCCAUUUUUUAUCCUUUUCCUUCCACUUUUUAUUGUUAUUCUAUUACAAUCAUCCCCUUUACAUGAACGACAUUUUGGGGGUAAUUUAGCUUCUGGGUGAAACAUUUUACAAAUAUUUUCUUUACUUUCACAAUCAAAAGGAAAAUUAGCCCCAGUACAUCCACGUUCAGCUAAAAAAAUAAUUUUAAA